AUGCAUUCGUUGUUGAUGCGCGCCAAUGCCAUAUUCUGCUACGCCUUGGUGGUGCUAGCGGUGUUAGUGGGGUGCAACAUCGGCACAUCCUACUUCAUCCCCACGAAUCCUGAAGUCCAUUUUGCAGUGACAUCGCUGCAGGUCUUCCAGCGGCAUCCAACAUUGCAGAACGAUGUGUUAUCGUUGACGUUCGAUCUCAAGGCCGACCUGUCGAGCCUCUUCCACUGGAACACCAAGCAGCUGUUUGUCUACGUCGCGGCUGAGUACGCCACGGAGCGCAACGCCAAGAUCAAGGACGGUCGCACGGUACGACAGCUGCUCAUCGACGCCUACGCCGAGAAUGAGAGGAAGAAGCAGGAGGAGGCCGCUGGUCAGGGACCAUCGCCGGAGGUCGACGAGCUGGCCAAGGCGUCGCUCGAGGACAUGAAGCACGGCAAGAAGUUUCCCACGCCGCUCUACCAGCAGACCUUCGUGCUGACCAAGCGCAGCUUCAUCCAGCGGAAGGGCGAUCUGUUGGGAUGGAACCGCAUCAUGCAGAUCAUCUUCAUCUCCGUCCUGGCCGGUCUUCUAUGGAUUCGGAGGGACACCACCGGUUUUUUGUUCUUCAGCACCAUGUUCUGGACUCUGCAGACCUGGUUCAACGCGCUCUACGCCAUUCCUCCCGAGAGAGCCGUGCUCAACAAGGAGAGAGCAACGGGGUCGUACCGCAUGUCGGGCUACUUAAUGGGCAAGAUUUUCGCCGAGACCCCCCUCGAGCUCGUCCUACCCAUCGCCUUUGCCUGUAUCACCUACUGGAUGGUGGGGCUAGCGCCCAAGGCCGAGUGCUUCAUUCUCUACAUAAUUUAUGUGUGCCUGUUCGCGCUGAUGGGCAGCGGUUUCGGUCUGUUCAUCGGGGCCACAGUCCUCGACAUCCAGAAGGCCAUCACCCUGUCGAUCAUUAUCGUGCUGAGCUCGGUGAUGCUCGGCGGCUUCUUCAUCAGACAGGAGAACCUGCGGCCGUGGACACGGUGGGCGCGCUGGAUAUCGUUCAUGAAGUACGCCUUCGAGCUCUUGCUGCUCAACGAGUUCGACGUGGGCGAUCAGACCUUCACGCCAUCAUCGCCGUCGAUGUUCACCGCCAACCCGAUCACGGGCGACGACGUCCUCAACCAACUCGGCGUGGAGACCAAUAUCUGGGGCGACAUCAUGUUCAUCGUGGGGAUGAUCGUCAUCACGCGCUUUCUGGCCUACCUCUCGCUCCGCUUCCUCAACAAGCCCAAGUCCUAA